AUGGAAUCCUUCCUGGACAUUCUGCAUCCUUCGCAGAACUUCCCAAUGUCACCUGGCAUUUUUCAGCCGGAGAACGAGGAGCCGAAGGAUGUGAACCUUUUGAAGGACCUGGACGACGACAUGAAUGCGGAUGUCCCUCGAAAGGUGGCUUCGUCCGCUAGCGUGGUCUCGGAAGCAAGCGUGGCUGCCACGUGGCAGCGAUGGGGACCAUGCCGGAACGAGUCAAGUCAUGACAUGGUUAGCGAUGCCAGCAGCCCCGGGACGUCCAGUGUGGUCUCAAGCACCGGCUUGAGCCAGGCAUCCAGGACCAAACCCAAGGCCAAGAAGAAGACCAACGGCACCAUUGCUUUAGAGCCCGAUCGUGUUGGCAUAUUCAAAGACGAAGCACCAGCAGUUCCUGAUCGUGAUGGCAAAGACAGUGACGAAACGCCACCAGUGCCCGAGCGUGAUGGCAAAGUCAGUGACGAAGCGCCACCAGUGCCCGAACGUGAUCUCACCUUCAUGGAUGAAGUUGACAUUGAUCCACUGCCAGCUUGCUCACUAGAGGAAAAGGUGGAACAACUGGUGGUUCAUGUUGAGGUGGAGGACAUGGCUCACCCGUGCUUGGCGGAGUCCCAUCUGGCACCCGUGUUCCAUUUGGAGUAUACCGGGUUGCUGUACUUGGGAACUGGACCUAGCAUCCACUUGAUAACCAUGCCCAGAACCAGUGACAUCACCAUCGGAUUCAUCCGGCAUACGACCCUGUGUUCUCUCACCACCACGCUGAUUCUGCAUUCCAAGUUCCAGAUUUGCCGCAGUGAUCUCUCUCUGCGUCCUCCUGCUCGGCGGAGUCACGAAAGAACCUCCAUGACCUUUCGAAGCAGCCAGCAAAGUCGACGAUCCACCACGUCCCUUGCCGAUGACGCCUUCACUACGAAUUGGCUGAAACUCCACAGGCGAGACAGCUUCGGGCAGUGA